AACAAAAACAAAAAUUAGGAACAGGUAAAAAUGAAUCAAGCAUAUACCAACCGAACGAAGGAAAACUCGAAAAUAAACGAAAUACUUAACGAAAUGAACUCGAGCAAACUGAACGAAGUGAACAAAUACGCCGCCAUUUUCUCUUGUGCAUUUCUAUGUCAAUAGUUUACUAAUAUCAAAAUUUUUGGUGGGGUUUUGUUGGGGCAAAUUGCACAAUUUUCCCAUAGAAUUAUACAAUUUUUAAUUCGAAUCGUGUAAAAAGUGUAGUGUGAUAUCAGAAAAAUGUUCGUACGCUAUUUGGAUUAUGUAAUGACGCAUCGAAGAGGCCAAUAAAGCCAUUGAAUAAGAAUCGUGCGUGCGAGCGAACCGAGCUGUGGCCAACGGCAACAGCAGCAUCAACAUUCGUCCAAAACGCAACCUGAAGCUGCAUCAGCUCAUUAUUAUAUUUCAGAAAGUGAAUAUUUGAAAAAAGUAUAGUGGCGAUUUAAUAUUGAGGUCUCUACCUCACAUUGCGCAGCCUAUGCUGCCUAAUUAAAGAGUAUCAAGAACCCCUGUAAGUCCCCAUGCUAGAACAUACCCCUUACACCGUGUAAAAGUUGUUUGUGUUUCUGUGUGAACGUUCAAAGACCGAGGAAGUUUCCUCGAACUUUACUCUUGCGAACUAAGCUCGUUCAUACCUGUUCAACGAUAAUAUAUAGGGGUUAAAGAAGAGACCAGAAAUCAACUACUACGAAGACAAUAGGAAAGAAAACCAACAAAGGAGUUGAAACGUAGUCGUUUUUAUAAAUUACUUGUUACAAAGAAGUACACAUACAACGCGCAUUUUAAAUCCACAAUGGCAACCAGUGACGAUGAACCCAUGCACCUUUAUGAGGUGUUUCAAAAUUGUUUUAAUAAAAUAGCAAACAAACAACCAAGCACUGGUGGACCUGAACGAAAUGGCGGCUAUCAAUCACCCUACGGCGGUCUGGGCAUGGAAAAUGGCAUGUACCCUAAUGACGACUUCAAUCCUAUGCAUGACACUCCAGGAGGCAGUAAUCGAUUCGGUGAUGGCGGAGCUGGAGUAAAUCAGUAUUUUGACACAAAUCUCGGAAAUGGUGGUGGUGGUGUUCCGCCUGGUGCUAGUGGCGGUCCCGGUGGAGGCUGGUACUCGUCAACCGUAGGUGGCUAUGGAAAUCAAAACUCAUAUCAAAAUAAUGGACCGCUGGAUCCUCAUCACUUAACACCACAACAACACCAUAAUCCUGAGGCACAACAUCAUGGUAUGACUGGUGGCAGUAGUAUGGGUGGCGGGCUACCUAUUGAUAGUGUGGGAAUGCACAGUCCAGUGCCUACAUCGCUACCGCCAAUGAGUUCAUUUCGUAGUGGUAACAAUAAUAUGCAACAAAUCAGUGGUCCUGCGGCGCACUCGCCAGCGACGCUUUACAAUUCGCCACAACACAAUACUUUAGCGACGGUAAACGCUCAUGGCCAUCAUCCGCUUUCCCAUCACAGCCAACAACACAGUCCAGCAGUACAGUCUGAUGCCUUUGGUGUAGGCGUUGGUGUUAGCGGUAUGGGCUUAGGACCGAAGGGCCCAUCUGCAACUGCGGGAAAUUCGACUGCCUCUUUGCGACAGCACAUGUAUAUGACUGCUGCGGCUGCGGCCGCUGCCGAUCAAAGUAUAAGCAGUUUUAGUUCAAAUCCUUCAACGCCAGUAAACUCCCCACCGCCUUUGACGCAAAGUGGUUUAACACAAUCACUGCUGGAUAAAUCAGUUGUUGGCAGCACAGGUGGUGGGGCACCAUGGGGAGCGGUUCUCAAUAAUACUGGAGGUAGUGUAAACUCGGUUGGAGGUGGCAUGGGUGUUGGUGUUGGCGGUAGUUAUGGUACAGACGUUGGCCCAUCCGGUUUGCAUACAAUGGCAGCUGUCUUCCAGGGUGCGCGAAUGGAGGAACGUCUUGAUGACGCGCUCAAUGUGUUACGCAAUCAUUGUGAGCCUGAAUUGUUGAGCGGUGUAGGGGCAGCUCUUUCUGCCAUGGACAACAUGGAUGGCUUAUCUAGUUUUGUGCCAACUUCUCCGCCAUCUCAUAUGGUUGGCGGCGUUGGCAGUACAAGUGGCGUUUCAAAUCUACAUUCACCACAUGAUGUUCUAGCAGGCAAUGGUCCGACACUUGAUUCGGUCGGUAGUGGUCUAAAUGGUAGUCAAUCGACAGUACCACAAAUCAAAAUGGAAAGAACAACCACGGCAACAUCAAGUGCAACUGGUACCACAUCGAAGUCGUCUAAGAAACGGAAAGAAGCGGCAGCAGCCGCAGCUGCAACAUCUGCAAUGUCAGCAGCAACGGCCAACUCUGGUGCAGGUGCCUCGACAUCAUCAAUGAGCGGUGCCAUGGGCGGUAUUGUGGACGGACCCGAUAGCAAACCAACCAGCUCAAUGGAGGCUACACACAACAAUCAGCAAGGAGCGUCAGGGAAGGGCUCAAAACGACCACGUCGGUACUGCUCAUCCGCCGAGGAUGAUGACGACGUAGAACCUGCCGUUAAAGCGAUGCGCGAAAAGGAACGCCGCCAAGCGAACAACGCGCGAGAACGGAUACGUAUACGUGACAUUAACGAAGCAUUAAAAGAACUGGGACGAAUGUGUAUGACACACCUGAAAUCGGACAAACCGCAGACAAAACUCGGAAUACUAAAUAUGGCCGUGGAAGUGAUAAUGACACUGGAACAGCAAGUACGCGAACGUAAUCUGAAUCCGAAAGCGGCGUGUUUGAAGCGUCGGGAAGAGGAAAAAGCCGAAGAUGGUCCAAAACUUGCUGCGCAACAUCAUAUGUUACCACAACCACCCGGCGGUGGUGUAUACGGACAACCGCCAAUGCCACAGGUGUCUGUUCCACCAGGCGCCGGCCUGCCCGUACCGCCACCACAAGGCAGUGGUGUGCAAUUGCCACCACAUCUACAACAACACAAUCAACAACAACAUCCACAACAAUAGCAGGCGGCAGCAGCAGCGGCAAUAGCAGCAGCUACGGCACUUAUGACUGAACCUCCCACUUCCCAAUUACCUUACAGUACCCAACAGCAGCAGCAACAGGAGGCCAUCAAUAAUAGCUCCAACACAGCGAACGCUAUCGAUUUGGAGCAACAAAUAUUGAGUAACCUUUUUCGGCGCAGGCAUCCGCCGCCACCACAUCUACAACAACACAGUGGCAACAAUGCGCAUGCGCAAUUGCAACCCCAACAUGCACAGCACCAGCAGCUGUAGGCAGGCAGGCAGACAAACAAAGCAGGCAGUCUCUGUGUUGCCAAUUUGCAAUUUUGCCCCGGUGAAUAACAAUAGUGAUGUUCGGUUGUUCUACGUUGGUAGUGGUGGUACGUUAACACAAACAAUGCACCACGUCCCUAACACACACCACACUCAUACUACGGAAGCACAAAUGCACGCACAUAGCAGCGUCACAAUUGUAAAUAAUUGAUAAUUGAGUAAGAAAUAGUAUAUACAUAUACACUAUAUGUAUGUAGUAUACUUUUAGUUUUUACUGCUAAUUCUAUGCGUUAUUCUUGUUUAAUUAACAAAAGAAACGCACAUUUUUUUACCUACUCUUUCUUUUAGUUAGUGCUGAUUUCUUUUACCGAUUUAUGUUUAAUCUUACGCAUACAGUGUUGAUUUGUUUAGAAUUUUAUCAAUAAUCUAUUUUAUUUCAAACUUUUAUUUUUUUUUUUUUUCAUUUUCUACUUGUCGUACAACAACAAAUUAUGUACACUUGUACAUACGACAGCCAUAUUUUUCUAUACCUUUUAUAACUUAAGUAGUAUAAUGAUAAGUAGAUUUGGUAUCGCUUCGUUUGUCGUUUGUUUGUUAACUGUAAUUGUGCAUAGUUUUUAUUCGCCAUCAUAAAUCAAUUCAUCCCCAUAAAUAUUUUUUAUACAGCUAUUUAGUAUGUUGUUGCUUUAGGUCAAAAAAAAUUAUUUUUAGUAGCGCAAAAAUGAAAGAGACAGAGUUCUAUUCCCACACUCCACACUCCACACUUUAAAUAUUAUUCGUAUAAGCAGUAAAGUUUUUUAAUUACACUAAAAUGUAAAAAAAGGCUAAACGCUCGGUGAAGUUAACAGUAAUGUUAAAAGCUAUAGCCACUUUUCUUCCCAUGUUCGUUUUUUUUUCUUAAGUUUGUAUGUGGAAGUUUUAACGCAAAACAAACAAAUGUUAAUAACAGCAGACUGUUUACUACGGCAAUAUACUUAGACUGAGCUUAUUUAUUAAAAAUUCAAAGUCUAAUUUUUAAUUCAAGUUGAUUUAAAAAAAUGUUAAUUUGAAAGUUUAAUUGCGAAUUUUGUAAUUCAAACAUUUUGCAUUAAAAAUUAAAUUUUCAAUUUUUAAUUCAGAAAAUUAAAUUUUUUAAAAAUAUUUCUUCAUUUAAUAAUAAAAUUUGAAAAUUGAAAGUUUAAUUCUUAAUUUCAAGCAUCUUGCAUUAAAAUUUUAGAAAAUAUUUUUAAUUUAAAAACUGUAUAAACGAAAUUAAAAUUAUUUUUCAAAAUUAAAGCUGUAAUGAAUAGGGAUACAAAAAGAACGAUCACAUAUUUCUAACUGAAUCAUUAUAAUUAAGAACAAUUAUAUAUAAAUACAUAAAUAAGACAAAAAGUGUUAAACUAGUUGAAGUCUUAUCAAAAAGAAGCUUUCCUUUUUAAAAUAUAACCGAGAUUUACACAAGCGCGAAAAAAUUUAAAUUCUAAAGUAACUUUUUUUAAAUUUUUAAUUAUAAACUUUGCAUAACAAUUUAAUUUUAUUUUUAUCAAAUCGGUAUUAGGAACAAAAAAAAUUUUUUUUAGUCCGGUUUUUUGGUAUUAAUUUUUUUGGAAAAGUUAAAAAAAUGUUAAUCUCAAGUUUAUAAUUAAAAAGUAAAGAAAAAUAAAUUAAGAAUCAAUCCGGCAUUUGAGAUUAGUAUUAAAAAAAUUAUUUUAUAUCUAUAAUUUCAGAAUUACAAAAACUAACUGUUUUGAAUAUAAUUCAUGCAAACGUUUUAUUUUAUUUUUUUAUUUUAUUUAUUGAUUUUUUUUUUUAGAUUUAUUUCUUUAAUUUUUAAAUAUAUUGACUUAUUUUUUUUUUAAUAUAUUUUCCUUUAUUUAUUUAUUUUUAAUAUAUUUUUCAUUAUUUAUUUAUUUUUAUUAUUUUUUUAUUUUUAUUUAUGUAUUUAUUUUUAUUUAUUUAUUUAUUUUUAUUUAUUUAUUUAUUUUUAUUUAUUUAUUAGCGCAAUUCUUUUCAAGCAAAAUACAAACAGAAGCUCAUUUUAAGUAUAUUUGCGUCACUGCUAUUGUUUUUUUUUAUUUAAAUAAGUCUUUAAAAUUCUUUUUAGCUCAAUUAAUCAAUAUAAAGUAAUGCAUAUAGUUUAUAGGGGAUUACACGCCCGUCUGACAAUCAAAUACAUUCUGCCAUAGAAAAGUUUAAUGACAAAUUGUCGUUUUUUAAGAGUAUUAAGCACUAAUAUGUUUCGUUUGUGGAACAUUAGAGGCGUUGUGGAUUGAAUUGUAGCAUAAAACUCCAGCAGCAGCUAAAAAAUUAGGUUAUAUCAUAUGUCAUGCUGAUAUUUUAUUAUUUUUGAUAUAAAAUAAAAGUUCUGUCUGUCCAACUCUUCAUAUUAUAGCGUAACUUUAACUGUUAGACCAAAAUUAAAUUAUUAAAUUUCUUUUUUUAUUGUGAACGUAUGAAAUUUCAGCAAAACCAUUUUGAAUUGCAGUAUAUAUGUAUGUAAAUAAUUGUCACUAGACUGUUAGAACUAAAAAACAAAUAUAGUUCAUAACCUUCACAUUUGUGAAAGUGAGUAGUAAUGCUGCCUUGGCGGUCACCGAGCGGUGUGUUGCAUUAUACAUAUAUAUAUACCAUAUAUAUAUAACAAAAGUACUAGAACUGUUUUGUAAUAUAAUAAACAAGUAAAGUGAAAUAAAAUCGAGUGAAUGAAGCGAGGCAGUCGUGAAUAUGGGCUAAAAUAAAUUAAAGUAAAUAUAAAAACAAAACAAAACACACACAAAUUGAAGUUACAUAUAUACAUACAUAGAAUAAUAAUACUUAAUUAUUAGCUGCAUAUAAACAUAGGUACAUUAAUGUAUAUGUAAUAAUUAUUAUGACUAUAUAUACAUAUUAUAUAUAUAUAUAAAUAAUAAAUACAAAUAUAUAAAAUGGUUUAAACUUAAUGAUAUAGAAUUUAAGACCGCACAAAAAAAAACGUUAUGCAAGUUAAGAAUGUUGAUAACAAAACAGAAAAAGAACGGUAUGAUAAGAAGUUCAAGAGUAACGCUAAGAGAUUUUUGGGUAGCUAUUGCAGUUAAAAAGAGCGCGCAGUGUAGGCAUUUUCAUCAACGACCGCUUCACUUGAUCGACUUAUGAUUGUUGGUAGUAUGAGUGUAUAUGUAUAUGUUAGGCAGACGGCGGUAGUAUCAAUGAUUGUUGUUUUUCCACAAACUGAUAGUGGAAAAUUACAAAAUGUUGACGGAUGUAAGUGUUUGACGCGGCGUUCCAUGGUCCAUAGCAAUGCAGAACAGCAAAUCAGAUCAGUAAGGAGUAACUCAGUCUUUAAAGGGAUCAAUAGCUUUUCGUUUAAAGAAAAUGUAUAAACAAGAUUUGUUUGUCUACCUAUCUGAGGUUGCGCUUGCAA